UCUUCCUGGGCUGGAAACAGGGGAAGGUUGCAACAAGUUAAGCUGAAGACUGAAGCGAGAGCUGGAUCAGGUGGCCACUCUAGCUGCACUGGACCUCCACAACUAUGGCCUCCUGCCCAGACUCAGAUAAUAGCUGGGUGCUUGCCGGCUCUGAGAAUCUGCCUGUGGAGACUCUGGGCCCAGAACCCAGGAUGGACCCAGAAUCUGAGGGAGCCUCCCAGGCCCUUCGGGACUCCUCCAAGGCAGAUGGCAAGGAAUUAGCUGGGACCUUGGAUGGAGAAGAGAAGCUUCUCCAGACGGAAAGUUCCCAGGGUGACAGUACUGUUCUGACAGAGGAGUCUGAGGCCAAGGGCACUCUGGGAGCCGAUGGUCAUGGGACGGAGCCCCCUGGAGACACAGUGGUCCAGGAAGAUUCUCAGGAGACUCCUGUGGUGACGAGCCUCGGACCAGACACACAGGACUUGGAGAAUGAGAUCCAUCCACAGAACCUGCCCUCAAGUCCCAGAGCAGUUUGGAAAGAGCAUCGCUGCUCCAGCAGUGACGAUGACACUGAUAUAGAUGUGGAGGGUCUGCGGAGACGGCGGGGCCGAGAACCCAGCCUACCCCAGCCCGUGGUACCCGUGGAUGUGGAGGACCAGGCCAAGGGCGAGGGUAUAGGUGGAGAGCUGGGCAUCUCUCUCAACAUGUGUUUCCUGGGGGCCCUGGUUCUUCUGGGCCUGGGGAUCCUCCUGUUCUCUGGUGCACUGCUAGAGCCCGAGACUGGGCCCAUGGAGGAAGCCGAGUUGCAGGUCUUUCCAGAAACCGGGCCAGAAACCAAACUGGUAGAGACUGUGGGGAACAGGCAGGCUCAGAAAGAGGAGCUUCAGAGCCUGUUGCACCAGCCCAAAGGGUUGGAGGAGGAGAAUGCCAGGCUCCGGGAAGCCCUGCGGCAGGACAAGACCUCCCACCAGGCCUUAGAGUCAGAACUGCAGCAGCUAAGGGCCCGACUCCAAGGGCUAGAGGCCAACUGUGUCCGGGGAGUGGAUGGGGUGUGUCUCAACUGGGGUGGAGGUCCACAGGAUGGCAAGGCCACUAAAGAACAAGGCCACAAGGGGCAGGAGCCAGACCCCAGCUUAUUGGAGCAGCAUAGGCAGCUCGAGGCGGAGGCCAAGGCCCUAAGGCAGGAGCUGCAGAGACAGUGGCAGCUGCUGGGGUCUGUGCACCGCGACCUGCAGAGGGGCUUGCGGGAUGCUGGCCGGGGAGCCCCAGCUCACGCUGGCCUGGCUGAACUUGGUCACAUGUUGGCCCAGACACUGCAGGGCCUUGAGAACCAGGGUAUCAACACCGGCAGGUCCCCCAAUGACUCGGAGGCCUGGCACCAGAAGAAACCUCACUCCCAGAAUCCCAGGGAGUGGGGUGGGAAGGAGAAGUGGCGCGGUGGGCAGAGGGAUCAGAAGGCUGAGCACUGGAAGCCGAGGAAGGAGGAGUCUGGCCAGGAGAGGAAGAGGAGCUGGAGGGAUGAGGGCAGGGAACACACGGGGCGCUGGAGGGAGGACAGGCUGCGGGCGGACGAAUCGGGGAGCAGAAAGGACGGCAAGCGACAGGACCCCAAGGUACACCCUAGGAAAGAUGGGAACUCCCACUCUGGAGAAAGGCAGAAGCACUCAUGGCAGAAAGACAACACCCCUGACGCCCUGUCUUCCUGGGAGGAGCUGCUGAGGCGCAAGUACCGGCCCCCUCAGGGCUGUUCAGGUGUGGCUGACUGUGCCCGACAGGAGGGCCUGGCCCUCUUUGGUGUGGAGCUGGCCCCCGUGCGGCAGCAGGAGCUGGCCUCUGUGCUGAGAGAAUACUUGGCUCGGCUGCCCUGGGCUGAGCAGUUGACCAAACAGCUGCCCCUCUCACCUGCUUACUUUGGAGAAGAUGGCACCUUCAGGCACGACCGUCUUCGCUUCAGGGAUUUUGUGGAUGCCCUGGAGGACAGCCUGGAGGAGGUGGCACUGAAACAGACAGGCGAUGAUGAUGAAGUGGAUGACUUUGAGGACUUCAUCUUCGGCCACUUCUUUGGAGACAAGGCACUGAAGAAGAGGUCAAGAAAGAAGGAAAAGCACUCCUGGAACCCCAGAGUUGUGGGGCCCAGGGAAGAGCACAGCCGCCAUCCGCACCACUACCACCAAGGCUGAGCCCUGUCCCGCUGCAACAGCCGGCCUUGGCAUGCACCCAGCUCAAGAUGCCUGGAAUUAUGUGACCCUAGCAGCUACGCUCCCACGGUCCAGCGGGCCCCUCCUGGCUCGUUGGUGUCCUUGAAUGUCCUUCACAGAAAAGAGCAACGCACUUGGCCCUGCACUGGUACCACUUUUGCUAAAAAAAAGAAAAAAAGAAAGAAAAGAAAAAAGGCCAUAGUUGGCGCUACUGAACUGUUUAAGCAAACAUAUGCAAAGAUAAAGGCCCUGGGUACUAAGAGACAUGUGGGGCCUGCUGGGAGCCUGCUGGGGAAGACUCUUAUUCUGAAGCCAGAGAGCUAUCCUUUUUUGUGGCUAUCCUGGGUCCACAGCAGAGCUGGACUGCGCUGGAACUGCUGGUUAGAGACUUAGCACCAGACUUGCCUUGGGGUUUUGCUAGCUGUGGAGACAGCUCUCCCUAAGCCCGAGGAGCCCUCACCAUGUCGCCUUGCGGCUUUCACCUCCCCACCUGAGCUGUCCACUGUGGUGGGGCUCUGUCACUUGAGGUGGUCCCUAAAUGCAAGGAACACCUUACAGUCACCACGCUGGUGUUUAGGCACAAUCUAGGCACGGCAUUUGGCCAUCCCCUUCUGCCCUCAGCCUUCCCAUCCAUUCCCCAUGUGCGCCCAUCUUUCCCAAGGAGCCUAGCCUUGAGUCCAGCCACCAAUUGUGUCACAAGCCAGGCAGGGUGGCCUCAAGCCAGGUCAUCCUCCACAGUGUGGUGUUCUUAUCCUCAGAAAGAGAACUGAAGGGAAUGGGGUCAAUAAAGCAAGGAAGCAGAGAUCCUGUUUCUGCCACACAAGAAUUGAUCCCUUUUUUGGAGCGUGCUGUGGAAGGAGGGCAGGGAACACACUAGCCUGGGUCUGCAGAGGUGAGGGAGCCACUAGGUGGUGCUCUGCCCCCACAUUUCUCUAGACUUCUCCCUCCUGCCCCCUGGACCACACCCCACACCCCAGAUCCCCUACCCCACUGACUAGUUCUCAAGAAUUCCCAGAAUCCCCCUGGUUAUUCUUCAGGAACGCCCUGCCCCCCCAGUGCUAACCUCUAUGCCAUUGGUAGCACACUGGGCUUCUAGGUCUGGAACUCUCCCAGGAAUGUAGAGGGCAGUGACCACUCAGGCCAGGUCAAAUAAGGAGGGGAUUAAGGACUGUAGGCUCACUGGGCAGUGGUGGUGCACGCCUUUAACCCCAACACUUGGGAGGCAGAGGCAGGCGGAUUUCUGAGUU